AUGCUGGUGACCUAUUUGGAAGCCAGCCGGGAUCUUUGCGAGACGGACUCAAUUCUCUUUGGCGUCGCAGUGGCAGUUUGCCGUAUUAUUGGCGCCAAACUUCCCAUGACUGGACGCGCUACUACACAAAGUAGCGCCAUCCCAGCCUGGAGAAAAAGAAUUGAGGACCGUAUCACAAAGGCAAGGGCCCUUAUCGGCAGACUGACAAGCUUCAGGUCGGGUAAUAAUAGACCGAGGAUCAUGCGCACCGUUAGGAUGGCGUUUGCUGGGACAAAUAUCAGUUCUUCCCAGCCGGAUAUCACGCAGAAACUAACGGAGCGCAUAGACGACCUGAAGCAAAAGAUCGCUGCUUGGGGGAAGCGGAUUCGACGAUUUACCGAGAGGUCAAGGCGGUUCAACCAGAAUCGUCUCUUCCAGAGUGAUCAGAAGAGGCUCUAUAAAUCAUUGGAGCGACCAAAGGUAUGUGGAGCGGGCCAAGGACCGGAUCAGGCUGACAUUAUCGCAUUCUGGCGUGGCCUGUGGUCAGAGCCCGUAAACCACAGCGAAGGCCCUUGGAUGGAAGUUGUGGCGAGCCAGGGUGCGAGUGUUACGCCUAUGGACCUCAUCACCAUAACGCCGGAACACGUGGCUGAGGCGGUCCGUAGGGCCCCGAACUGGAAAAGUCCGGGGCUCGUCGGGCUGCAUCAUUACUGGCUGAAGGGGUUCAUAGUGUGUCACGCUGUGCUCGCCCGACAGUUUCAAGAGGCUCUAAACCAGAAGUCGCUCCCUAGCCUCUUCACUACUGGGAUCACUCAUUUGGUUCCUAAAGACCAGAUAUCACAUAACAUAGAGCGUGGUCGCACGCAAGCCAAUCAUUUGGCAAAUACGGCUAGUGACGGGCUGACGGGGCAGCAAAAACAAACCAGGUCUCAACUUUAA